UCAGCCUGCAGUUGGGAAGAUAGCUUCAGUUGGUCGCGAGGUGUUUGCGUUGUCGGUUGAUUUGUUGGAAGCGCGAUGCGAGCGUUUUGGAUAGUGCUAUAAUAUCAGAGGAAAAGUACAGUGAAAAUCUCAAGAUCCUGCCAGGAUAUGGCAGCCAUGUGUUUUUGGGUUCUGCCCGUUGCUGUUUUUGGCCUAAUCGUUAUAGGCCAAGCUGCGAAAACGGGACAAGUGCAAGCCAGCUCCGGCAGCUGUGCGUUUCACACGCUCGAUGGCGUCGCCGCGGAAAGCGAAGGUGUGCGCUUCAUUCGGCUGCGCGAAGACGCCCAGGUGGGCAAGGAGAUCCUCCGGCUGCAGGCCUAUCCGCGGUCCACCGCGGCCCUGAAGGGCGCCGAUGCCAGCGGAGACCACAAGUACUUCAACCUCACCGAGCACAAUGCCACCACCCUGGUGGUCAGCCUGGCACGCUCCCUGGAACGCCUGGUGGACCGGGAUGUGCCCAGGAAUCUGCUCAAGUUCCGCAUCCUGUGCGCGGGCAAGCAGGAGAAACUCGAGGAGGGUAGCUACCUGUCCAUCACCGUGUACAUUGAAGAUGUGAACGACAAUGCGCCGGAGUUUCUUAAUGUUCCCUACAUAGUCGAUGUGGAUGAGAACACCUCCGUUGAGAGCAUAAUCUUCGAGGGGGUUCAGGCAUUCGAUCGGGAUAAGCCCAAUACGCCGAACUCCGAGGUGCACUUCAGCAUGUCCACGGUGCCAGAGCAACUCUCCGCGGACGGAAGUCCAUACUUUGCCCUCAAAAGUCCGCAUCGACCACUGCUCAUUUUGAAGCGGGAACUGGACUUUGACAAUGGCAUCAGGCAAUUUAAGCUGCCGAUCUUCGCCUGGGAUCGCGGCACUCCUGCGAACCAAGCAAACACCACAAUCAUUAUCAAUGUGAAGGAUGUGGAUGAUCUCCCGCCGAAAUUCACCGAGGGCGUGUAUCGCACCAGGAUGAAUGAGUUUUACCCGAUGACUGGGGUGCCCAUAAGGAUACCCCUCUACUUUGCCCCACCCAUAAUGGCCUUCGAUCAGGACUCGCUGAACGCUUCGCUUGUGUAUGACAUCAUUUCGGGCAACGAACGGCAGCUGUUUCGGGUUAAUCCCCACAAUGGAGUCAUGUAUCUGCAGAAGGAAAUCGAUCUGGAGGAGGAGAGUCUGCCGGGCAACACUUUUGUCCUUCAGUUGGAGGCACGCCAGAAGGAUAAUCCCCUCAAGAAAGCUUUAGCACGCAUCGAAGUGGAGAUUUUGGAUCUAAAUGACAAUAUUCCCGAGUUUGAGGCUGAUUUCUAUAACAUUUCUAUUGUGGAGAACCUUCCGACGGGUUUCAGUGUCCUACAGGUCAAUGCAGUUGAUCGUGAUCAGGGUGAAAACUCCGAGUUCCUUUACAAUCUGGUGGAGACCAAGGAUGCUGCUGGUGCUUUUCGCAUUGAUUCCCGAACUGGUUGGAUAACUGUGCGGGAUGAUCGCUUACUAGAUCGCGAACAGCGUAGGUCCAUCCAAUUAAAUGUGGAGGCCCUGGAACGGAAUCCAUCGUAUCUGGAUGACAAGCAUUUGAAGAAGCCAGGACCCAGCAAAGUUCAAGUGGAGAUCACGCUGCUGGACACGAACGACAAUACGCCAAAGUUCGAGCACGGAAAUCUGUACGAAUUCAAGGUGCCCAUCAAUGCUCCCACGGGCUAUGUGAUAGGUCAGGUGGCUGCCCAUGAUCCAGAUGAGGGUCCCAAUGGUCGAUUGCUAUACGAACUGCAGCGGCCAAAAGGCAGUGGUUAUAUACCUUUCCGACUGGAUAACAAGAAUGGCACUAUUUACGUGGGUGGACCACUUCGAAGGGGACGCAUCGCUGUCUUCGUGGAGGCCAGUGAUCAACCCACUAAUCCCUCAGAGCGGCGAUUCUCCUUGGCAGUGAUCACCAUUGAGGUGUAUGCCACCAUAGAUGACCAGGCUAUAGAUUUUGUGGGUGCUCCUUACGAGUUUUGGGUGGGGGCGAAUACGCCGUUGGGAACCUCGGUGGGUCAAGUACGCACCACUCUGAUCUACGACGGAGAGGAUGAGAUAAUGUACGAUCUCCUGCACACUUAUUCGGAGGGUGUGCCCUUCGCCAUCGAAGAGCGAUCGGGCAUUAUCACAGUCAUUCGGGAGCUAUCGGAGUUUAAGCGAAAAGUCUACCAGUUUGAAGCGGUGGCCAAUUAUCUCUUUGCCAACUCUUCGCAAUCACUGGUCAUGUCGCGAAGUUCAUCUCCAUUGACCACAAUAGCCUCGCCGGGUGAACUCAGCGAUGAAGGGGUACUCAUCACCAAUCUCACCAUCCAUAUUGUCAACAAACCAGAGCAAAAGGUGCCUCUAAGACCUGUCAUAGAGGAGAUCAACAUGAACGUGAUAAACUUCCAUGUGGAGGAGAACGUCGUGGGUGGCAUUAUUGGACAGUUACUGUACAAGAAUGGCGUCAAUCUGGUGAACAACGAGCUGGGAACAUUCCGUGAAAUGCCGACGGAGGCAACUGGACGUAAUCUCACCAUGGGCAGUAGGUUCCGCAGUCGAAAUCGGAGUCGCAGCUCCAAGUCGAAGCGCCGAUUGCCGAGACGAUUGGUGGGGGAUACGAAUCUGAAACUCCGGUAUAUCAUCGCCAACCAGCAGGAGGUAGUGAACAAGAUCUCCAUAACGGAGGACGGAACUCUGCUCACCUUGAUUGGCCUGGAUCGUGAGCAGCAGCCCAGCUACGAGCUAACUGUGAUAGUUGAGUACAGCACUGGAUUGGUGAGUGGAGCUGGGAUUUACCAGGUCAAUAUCAAGGUGGACGAUGUCAACGACAAUGCUCCUAAGUUCAAUGCGCUCACUUAUGUGGGCCUGAUCAACGAAAACUGCGCCGCGGGAACGGAGCUAUCGAUGAACAACGCGAUUCUAAUCCAGGAUGCGGAUGAGGGACCCAAUGCAGAGUUCAGAGUGCAACUGCAAGGGGAUUAUAGCGAGGAGUUCAGCAUAGAGUACGUGAAUGGUAGCUCCAAGGGAAAUACCACUCAACAUAAAAUGCCACCCACAACAGGAGCGUUUAAUAUUUUUAACCUAACGGAUCAGUGGAACGAUGAGUUCAAGUACCAGGAGCUGCACACCACCUUUAUGCAGACUAACUUUAAGCUCAGUUCGGGUCCCUAUUUCCGCAUUUCCUAUACAGGAAAAAGAGGCUUGGAUCGUGAGAAGCAGCAGUUGUACAACCUGAAGAUCAUAGCCGCCGAUACUGGAGGUCUCUCCGGAUACGCCCAUCUCACAGUUCUCGUGGCAGAUGUUAAUGACAAUGCUCCAAUGUUUGAGCGCAUCUCUGUGUUCAAGGACUCGCGCUUGGAGAUCCGUGAGUACACCACGGAUAUGGAGAUUUACUUUGUAGAGAGCUCGAGUGGUUUGGCGGCACCUCAGGCAACGGCGGCCAUGAUGCUGGCACCACCGCCGUAUCACAUUCCAGGAUCACCCAGGCUUCAUGUGGAUCGGGAGAGAUCCGUGGGAGUGGGUGCAGGAUUGGGCGUGGUAGCCAGAGCCAAGUCGCGUCGUAGGAUGAUCCGUGCCGUGUCCAUUAAGUGCCCUUUAUUUGCCAUCUACGAGGACACCCCGGUGGGUACAAAAGUCCUUCAGCUGAGUGCCAGUGAUGAGGACUACGGAAAGAAUGCCCAACUUCACUAUGAACUCCGGGGAGAGCAGGUGGAACGGACACUCGGAAUGCCCUUGUUGCGGGUUCAGGGAGUGCGGUACUUCACCAUCGACAAACUCAGUGGUGAGCUAUCGGUCAAUUAUCCUCUGUCGGCCAACAUCGAGAUAUGGUUGAAUCUGACAGUGACAGAUAUCGAUGGUCUAAAGGACUCGACCUGCCUGCGAUUCACCGUGAUGGAUGUGAACAAUCAUGCGCCGACAUUUAAGAAGUCCUGGUACAGCUUCGAUACCCCCGAAGGGGAGUACAAAGAUAGUGUCCUGGGUCAACUGACAGCCAUAGACAUGGACUUUGGCGAGAAUGCCAACAUCACGUAUACGCUCAAUGACUUGCAGCUGCCGUUUACCAUUAAACCAGCCUCUGGGGUUCUGAAGAUCAGCGGGCAGCUCGAUCGUGAGGUUAAGGACAAGUACAGCUUUCAGGUGAUAGCCACGGAUAAUGCCCCUCUAAUGCAGCGAAUGUCCAGCAGCGUGGAUGUGGAAGUAAAUGUCCUGGACAUCAACGACAAUCAUCCUGAGUUUAUUGGCUACGAUGAUCAAACCAAGGCAGUCAAGUUUAUACCGAAUGUGGCGGAUCGCACGAUGAUGUUGCCGGUGUAUAAAGCAUAUCUGGAUCGCAGCACCCAACCGGGCACUUUUGUUAGACAACUCACGGCCAUAGACAAAGACAAUGUGGGCAAUGGCAAUGGUCUGGUGUUGUACUCAAUUCGCCAUCAGGAAAUGCAGGCACCACUCUUCCAAAUCGACUCCAGGGACGGCACCAUCUCUACAAUAUCCCGCAUCAAUGGCUACAAUGAUUACGAACAUCUGAAUGUAUCUGUGAUAGCCUCGGAUGUGGGCAGUCCCACUCUAUCCGCCACAGCUGUAGUGAUCGUUAACCUCCAGGGACAGGCAGUUACGGAUCCUCCGAAAUCCACCCCCAAGCCAGAACCUCCAGCGAAUGUAACCGUAUUCCAGCACGCCUACUAUGAAGUUAAGCUCACUGAAAACAAUGAGGCACCCAUUGAGGUGAUGCGCUUGAAUCUUAGCGCUGGCCUCAAUCCCGAAAACUAUAGGUGGUCCCUGUGGUUGGAGGAGGGUCUGGAUGAAACGGACGCUCAUCCGCCCUUCGAAUAUGAUGCCAAAAAUAUGCUGUUGUAUGCCCUGAAACCCUUCGAUAGGGAGCACAUAUCCCGCUAUCAAUUAAGGAUUCGAGCAGAUCGGUUGAGUCGGGAAGCUAGAAACUAUGCCCGGGUCUCAUAUCCAGUGGUGGACGAACGAAUAGAGGGCCUCUCGCUCAACGAGUGUCGUAUCCUGGUCCACAUUGCGGAUGAAAAUGACAAUGCACCCAAGUUCCGCGGAAAUGGACAACCGAUCGUGGCGGUUUUGCCGCAGAGUGCCAGCUUUGGAUACCCCGUAACCCGAGUGGUGGCCAACGAUUUGGACGAGGGACUGAACGCGGAGAUACGCUACCGUCUGCUGAACGAGCCCACCCGACUAUUUGGCAUCGAUGAGUUGUCGGGUAACAUUCGCCUGCUGGGGGAUCUGUCCCACGACGAACGCAUCUACGGAUUCGAUGUGAAGGCCACGGAUCGAAUGGGUGCCGAUGACGGACGAAGUGGCAUCGUCAACGUGUUCGUCUACAUCAUCGAUGAGGCCAAGCAGGUGCGUCUGGUGGUGGCUGGAAUGCCAGUGGAGGUGGAACGCCGGAUUGAAGGACUAAUGGAGGCGCUCAGCGAUGCCAUCGGCAAGGAUGUGCGUGUCCGGUUGCUGGAGCCAUACUCGGGAGGACUAGAGGCAGCCACCAAUGCCUAUGUCUAUGCCGUCGAUCCGCACACGAAUUCCAUUAUGGAAAUGGAGCAACUGCAGGACUCCCUGGCCGGCCUCCAACUGGAUGCACUGCAGCUGCAGCAGCAGAAGCUCGACGGCGGGAAGCCAAUGCCUCGCAUUAUCGAGCUGGCCGAGUUCGGACAAGCGGCCCGACCCACCCACGCCUCCGCAUCCAGUUUCAUGGGAGGAUUGGAGUUUGUGACGGUGGUCCUACUGGCGCUGAUCAGCCUGGGGGCACUGAUGGCCGCCUGUUGCUACCUGUGCAUGCGACAAAAACGUCGUCUCUGGUCUCAGCGUGAUUUUUCCGCCUCGGAUGGCGGUGUCACCUAUACCAUCGCGGGGAUCGGGUCCGCUCGUGGUCAGAAGCAGCGCCGCCAUCGGCAGCAGCGGCACACACAGCGCUGCAGCAAGGGCAGCAGCAACGGCAGCCAGCGACCCACCAGCGCCUUCAUGCCCGAGUCCGUCUGCUCCUCGGCCCAGACCCAGUCGACGGCCACCGCCACCGAGAAACUGGAGCAGCAGUUGCACCAGCACCACCAGCAACAGGCGAUGGCCACGCAACAGCAACACCACCAGUACCUGAACGAGCAACAGCAGCGCCAGCAGCAGCGCGAAUAUAUAGACGUACCUCUUCCCAAGUCCAUUGCCAAGGCAGCGGCGGCGGCGGCGAAUGGGGGCGAUGGAAAUGGAAAUGUGGGCGGCGGCAGCACUCCAUUCGUGCUCAAGUACAAUGCCUGUCAGCCAGUGAACAAUCUUAAUAACUAUGAAACCUCGCUGUUCUCGCUGCACUCGACGGGUCAGGACUCGGGGGUGGAGUUCCUGAGCAGUCGGGAGCUGUACGAGACCUCGCCGGACUCCUUCCAGCUCGGUGGCUCCAAGCGCAGCAACAAUCCGGAAGUACUCUGCCCCAGACAUGCCAAGGCUCACUUGGAGCUGCGCCAGCCUCAUCCAAAUACAGACAGUAGCGACACCUACGAGGACUCGCUCAAGACCGAUGAGCCACUGGUGGCUCACAACUGCCGCAGCGCAAACUGCGAGCACCGCCAGCAUCAGCUCCACCCCAACCACCACCCCCACUACCAGAACACGCGGUUCGAGAAGCGCUCCUGCGUGCGGCACUCCUUCUCCGGGGUCAAGGACGACCUCAUGCAGCACUCGCCCCAGAUCUCGCUGCGCCCCCGGGGCCACGCCCUCCGGAACUCGAUGAACGACCUGGAGCAACGGUUGCACAACCUGGAGCAGUCCUUUCGUCGCCCUCUCGAAUUUAGCAAAUCGAAUUCUUUGUUUUAGUUUUUUUAGCUAGACAGAAACGCAGUGCAAUUUUUAGUUUAGUCAGCUUAGCUUAGAUCUUAGAUAAUAAGAAACAAGUGCAAUAAAUCGAAGA